AUGGCGCCCAAAAAGAACGCCGCCGCUGCUGCUCCCGUCGCACCACCCACUACACAAAUCCCGACUACAACUACAAUACCCUCCUCCACACCUGUUAAGAUACCCUCCAGAUCCUCUUCGCAAAAUCAAUCGCCACAGCAAGUGGCCAUUGGUAUCUGGCAGAAUUACCUCGAUAAAACACCACAGAGAACAAAGUUAAUUGAUGUGUUCAUGUCAUUUUUGGUCGUAGUGGGGGUUCUACAAUUUGUCUACUGUAUUUUGGCUGGCAAUUACCCAUUUAACGCUUUUCUUUCUGGAUUCUCGGCAACUGUAGGACAAUUUGUUUUGACGGCUUCAUUACGCAUACAGACGAAUGAGGAGAACAAGGCAGAAUUUAACUCGGUGUCUCCAGAGAGGUACAUAGUUCUCAUUCAGUGGUAA